CCCAGUGCCGAGUCACUCUAUCUUUCAGUCUUUGAGGUUGGUAUCAGCGUGAGGGUGAGGUGUUGUGUAUGUGCCGUGGCAACCGUGCACGUUGCGUACAGCCGUUUUGUCUGUUAGUGGUCGAAUUGACUAGAAUUGUGUUAGCAGCGGUAACCAGCCAAACCAACCACAAUGUGUGACGACGAUGUAGCUGCUCUUGUAGUAGACAACGGCUCCGGCAUGUGUAAGGCCGGAUUCGCGGGAGACGACGCCCCGCGUGCCGUCUUUCCCUCUAUCGUAGGUCGCCCUAGGCACCAGGGCGUCAUGGUGGGCAUGGGUCAGAAGGACUCCUACGUAGGAGACGAGGCACAGAGCAAGAGAGGUAUCCUCACAUUGAAAUACCCCAUCGAGCACGGCAUCAUCACCAACUGGGACGAUAUGGAGAAGAUCUGGCACCACACCUUCUACAAUGAACUCCGCGUGGCCCCGGAAGAACACCCGAUCCUCCUCACCGAAGCUCCCCUCAACCCCAAGGCUAACAGGGAGAAGAUGACCCAGAUCAUGUUCGAGACCUUCAACACACCUGCCAUGUACGUGGCCAUCCAAGCCGUACUUUCCCUGUACGCCUCCGGUCGUACCACCGGUAUCGUAUUGGACUCUGGAGACGGCGUAUCUCACACGGUACCAAUCUAUGAAGGUUACGCUCUACCCCACGCCAUCCUUCGUCUGGACUUGGCUGGCCGCGACUUGACCGACUAUCUCAUGAAGAUACUCACAGAAAGAGGUUAUUCCUUCACCACGACAGCUGAGAGGGAAAUCGUCCGCGACAUAAAGGAGAAGCUCUGCUAUGUGGCUCUCGACUUUGAACAAGAAAUGGCGACGGCGGCCAACUCCACCUCUCUGGAGAAGAGCUACGAACUUCCCGAUGGACAGGUCAUCACCAUCGGCAACGAAAGAUUCCGCUGCCCCGAGGCCCUCUUCCAGCCUUCCUUCUUGGGUAUGGAAUCCUGCGGUAUCCACGAGACCGUCUACAACUCCAUCAUGAAGUGUGACGUUGAUAUCCGUAAGGAUCUGUACGCCAACACUGUGCUCUCUGGUGGUACCACCAUGUAUCCUGGUAUUGCCGAUCGUAUGCAAAAGGAAAUCACCGCCCUCGCUCCAUCGACCAUCAAGAUCAAGAUUAUCGCUCCCCCAGAAAGGAAGUACUCCGUAUGGAUCGGUGGAUCCAUCCUGGCCUCCCUCUCCACCUUCCAGCAGAUGUGGAUCUCCAAACAGGAGUAUGACGAGUCCGGACCUGGAAUCGUCCACCGCAAGUGUUUCUAAGCGUGUAGGAACUGUCCCCAUUGACUGUUAUAACAUUUCGGGCGUUUAUUAUAUAACACCUAAGGCUCUUCGGUCUAUUUUAGCAAGGUAUCGCAUGUUGGUCACCUUUGACAUAUAAACAAUCAAAUAACACAGCGCAUAGAUGGCGCUAGUAACUGAGUUGCAGUUAUAUAAUAAACGUUUACCUUUUUCUUUGCUACUACUUUUGUGGAGCACUGCCAUAAGACUUUUAUUGCCAAUCUUUGUGAAUACGUAAUGUAUAUUUAUUAUUAUUAUUAUUGUAUUAUAAUACCGUCGCACCGGAAAUCGUACUUAAAAAAAGUUUAUUUUAUUUUAAAAGUACUAACUUUACUAAAUAGUGGUAAUGAGUAUUAGUGUUAGAGACUUAAUAUCGGAACUAAAACAAAUUUCAUUUAUUGAAUAUAGGAUACAUUCCUGUCAUUGUUUUAUGGAACAGUGUACGUCUAUUAACACACGUGUCGUAAGACAGGAAUAAAGACAAAUAUAAGAUGUAUAUUUUGUUUCGUGCGAUUUCUUCUGCAAAAUUUAUUCUCUAGUGAAAAUACAAAUUAUUAAAUAAAAUUUUGUUAGUA